AGUGAAUUGUUUGUAGAGUUUGUGGCAAACAAUGGUUGCAUUGAAAUGAUUGUAUGGUUUGAGCGCAAAGUCAGUGACCAGUAGUGCAUUGAGACCUGAUAUGAGCCAAACAUGUGUUAAAUGAUGAUUAAAUGUGUGAUUAAUUUGUUAUAAACAAUGCAAUGAAAGCGCGAUUUGAUUGACAUUUAAAUGAAUUGAUUGUGUUUUGAAAUGCUAUCAAAUCUGUGAUCAAUACAAACAUUACUGCAGUUUUUGAUGAAAUGCUCCGUUAAUUGACACAAAUAAUGGCUUUCGUGAAGAAGAGGAGAAUCGAUGCCCUAAGAGAUGAUCACUGGAGUCAAUGGACGGACCCAUUGAUCGACAAUUAUGUGGAUCUGUUUGAGAGAAGAAGCAAAAGAGCCAAUAAUUACACACAAAUUAAGUCCAACGUAAACAAUGAGAGAAACAAUUAUAUGCUAUUAUCUGAUCCCAAAUGGAUGGAGAAGUUCUUGAACGGCGAAAUCGACUCUUCAUAUUACGGUUCCGACAGAUCUCAAAAUGUGGUCGACUUUACGUCUUCGCGAUCUAUUGAUAACAAAGGCCUCCGAAGAGCGGCACAACUGCCGCAAGAGUUCGGCACAAGACGUUUGUUGGCUAAUAAUCUGCUUCGAGAGCAACACUUCCCGUUUGAAACGUUUAAUAAAGUGUUUGCCUCUCAAUGGCUGAACGAUCAACAGAUUGUCUUCGGCACCAAAUGCAACAAAUUGGUAGUGUUGGAUGUGAUGAAUAACAGGAAACAUCUGAUACCAACUCUUAAGAGUUCGCCCAAAAGAAGACUUCCCGAAAAUCCGUGCGGUAUUCACGCCAUUGAAAUCAAUCCGUCGCGGACUCUGUUGGCCACCGGAGGCGAUAACCCCAACGAUGUGGCCGUUUAUCGAUUGCCAACUUUGGAUCCAUUUUGUGUCGGAGAAAGAGCGCACGACGACUGGAUAUUUGACAUGAAAUGGUUGGACGACCAGUUCCUAGUGUCGGGUUCUCGUGACUCGACUCUAGCGCUCUGGCGUUUUGAAGACAACGAAACGAAGAACUCAGUG